GAAGAAAACAAAACGGAAAUUACGGUAGCUCCUCUUUCCUGACGAAGAUAGAUAAACAAAGCAAAAUAUUAUAUUAACGUUACAUAAAUGUCGGAAUCUGAGUUAGUUUUGACGUGUUUAUAUUUAUAGAUAUAUGUUACAAGUUAUUCCCGUGAAUCUCUAAUACCUGAGGGGGAAAAGGGCUAACGUUAGCAUCCUGCGUGCUAAGUUCGCUGGCAGGGUACCGUAACGUUGUAACGUUAUAGCUUGUACGUUAGUGGUUAGCUCGACAUGUUUAUUAUUUUAGUGCUGGGGCGAAGAAGCGCGACAUGAUGGCAUGACACUGCCGCAGAGUUAGCAAGUAGCUACACUUUCACUUAAAGAUUGGAAGGUUGUGGGAAACAGGUAAAACUUGGCUAAAGUUAUAACUGGAAUUGCACUCCGUAAGAUCUCCACACAGUCAGCAUGGCGUGGGCUUUGAAGUUGCCUCUCACUGAUGAAGUGAUUGAGUCUGGACUGGUCCAGGACUUUGAUGCCAGUCUCUCGGGCAUUGGCCAGGAGCUAGGUGCUGGGGCAUAUAGCAUGAGCGACGUACUCGCGCUCCCCAUCUUCAAGCAGGAGGAGUCCAACCUGCCUCCAGACAAUGACAACAAGAUCCUCCCCUUUCAGUAUGUUCUGUGUGCAGCUACCUCACCAGCCGUUAAACUGCAUGAUGAAACACUCACCUACCUCAACCAAGGCCAAUCCUAUGAAAUUAGAAUGCUUGACAAUCGGAAAAUUGGGGAACUUCCGGAAAUCACUGGUAAAAUGGUGAAGAGCAUCAUCCGUGUGGUGUUUCAUGACCGACGACUUCAGUACACAGAGCACCAGCAGCUGGAAGGAUGGCGCUGGAACAGGCCUGGGGAUCGCAUCCUUGACCUGGAUAUCCCCAUGUCCGUCGGCAUAAUCGACCCCAGGGCUAACCCUACUCAGCUUAACACUGUGGAGUUCCUUUGGGACCCAUCAAAAAGAACCUCAGUUUUUAUCCAGGUACACUGCAUCAGCACAGAAUUCACCAUGCGCAAGCAUGGAGGAGAAAAGGGUGUGCCUUUCCGCAUCCAGAUCGACACGUUUAAAGAAAAUGAGAAUGAAGAGUAUACAGAACACCUCCACUCUGCCUCCUGCCAGGUCAAAGUCUUCAAGCCUAAAGGUGCGGACAGAAAGCAGAAGACAGACAGGGAGAAGAUGGAGAAGAGGGCACCACAGGAAAAGGAAAAGUACCAGCCAUCCUAUGAAACCACAAUCCUGACCGAGUGCUGUCCCUGGCCUGAGGUCACAUAUGUCAGCAACUCUCCAUCUCCUGGCUUCAACAGCACACACAACAGCUUCCCAGUUGUGGAAGGAAAUGGAUCACCAAACCACCAGCCUGAGCCUGUUGUUCAGGUUGCGGAUGUAAGUACCGUUGUUCAGGUAGUUGAUAAUUUACUGCCCACAGCAACUCCGCAGGAGGCACAACAGUGGCUUUUAAGAAACCGCUUCUCCCCCUUCUGUCGGCUCUUUACCAACUUCUCAGGGGGAGACCUGUUGAAGCUGACCAGGGAGGAUGUCAUUCAGAUCUGUGGGCCAGCUGAUGGUAUAAGACUCUUCAAUGCACUGAAGGGACGGGUGGUACGGCCGAGGCUGACCAUCUACGUUUGCCAGGAGUCUCAGCAGGCACGGGAACACCAGCCGAAACAUGAAAAUGGAGAAGCCGCCGCCAACACAUUCUUUGUAUAUCACGCAAUUUACCUGGAGGAACUCACAUCUGCUGAGCUGACAGAGAAGAUCGCUCAGCUCUUCAACAUUUCAUCCAGACAGAUAAAUCAGAUCUUUAAACAGGGUCCCACUGGCAUCCAUGUACUGGUUAGUGAUGAGAUGAUCCAGAACUUCCAAGAUGAAGUAUGUUUUGUUUUGGACACAAUGAAAGAUGACACAAAUGAUGGCUACCACAUCAUCUUGAAGUGAAUACUGCGUAGGAGAAUGGCGUUGCUCUUCGUUAGGCCCGAUCCAGUCAUCCCCUCUAGAACUUCAUACUCCUUGCUGUUCCUGGAAUAUGUGGAGAUGCCCCAAGAAACCUCUUGUGGCUGCUAGGAGGAGUAUGUGACUGAUACACCUGGCCCUCUAUACCAUGCUGUCUUACUUUUGAGGGAGUGACAGUUACCACAGUGAGGUGACGAUCUCCUUCUUGCCCUGCCGUUGUCUCCUUUAAAUGGUUGCAUUUUUCCUCUGUCGCUUAUGUCUCAUGAACGAGUUUAGUGGCACUACAGCUGCUAUCACUGUUUAUUUGUUAGCUGAGUAUCUGGUGUGCCAAGGCUCUGCGCUUCAGAAAUAAAGUUUAGUUUGUUGUCUCUUUAAAAACCAACAACCAACAACCAAAAAAGGUGGGGGGAAAAGUGACAAAAAAGUGACUCUGACAGUACUUGACUUUCAGUCUGCAAUGCAGCAUGAUAUCUCGUCUUCAUGCUAGGCUGCCUUACCGGGAUCCACUUAAGCCAGUCUGCAAGACACAUGGUAUAACUAACACAAUCACAUCAAAGAACCCCAAGAGGCGGCAUCAAAAAUCAGCAAUCAGGACAUCAAGGGCAACUCUUCCAUCCAGCUGUUAUCAAUAACAUCUGUGAUUCCUUUAAACCCAAACAGAGUCAGUCUUUUCACUGGUUUGAACAGUUAAUUUUUCCUUUGUUUCAGACUCCCAACACUGUUUGGUCCUCACAGUUAGUGUAGAUUGCAUACUGGAACUCGUGGUUGUUACUUAUGAGUCUUGAAUGAUGAUGAAACACUGCCUAUGUUAGUGAUCACAGUGACAACACCAGCAAACCAUCUUUGGUUCAUGUACUGCAUUUCCCAUCAGUUCAUUUAGCAUGUCAUUAUGUUUAUUUUGUCCAUUUUCCAACAUUAUUUGUAAAUAGAUCAUUAUUUUAAAAUGUUUUCACAAGAAAUCGUGUGUCAUGUUGGCAGUUUAAAAAGAAAAAAAAAAAAAAAAAACCUUUUUAACAUAUCAUAGUCUCUUCAUCAUUGUUUAUGGAUGUUACCACUUCGAAAUACUACUACAUGUAAAGGGCUGCUGGACACACCAGAGCUGUAUGUGAAAAGAUAUAAUUAGUUUGUGUUCACUCCAUUGUACUGCUUACAUGAAACUGAUAGCUUGACAUUUUAGAUUUUUGCCACAUCUCAUCAGCAUUAUUAAAAUACUUACCCAUGUA